UUUACAAUUAGAGCGGCUUAAAAAUGUGAGGUUAUGUGUAUUAUAAGAAACACAUUUUGUUUAUAAGAGUAAGGUAUAUCAAAAACAACAAAAUAAGGAGAAGUGUAAGAGAAAUUUAUUUAGUUAUUGUACACAAUUAAUUUUCACAUAAUUCAAAAAUGGAUGACGAAGCUGAAACAUACAAAUUAUGGAGGAUAAGGAAAACAGUGAUGCAGUUGUGUCAUGAUAGAGGUUAUCUUGUUACACAGGAUGAAUUGGAUCAAACUUUAGAACAGUUUAAAGAACAAUUUGGUGAUAAACCAAGCGAAAAAAGGCCAGCACGUAGUGAUCUUAUUGUGUUGGUUGCGCACAAUGACGAUCCGACAGAUCAACUUUUUGUAUUUUUCCCAGAUGAACCUAAAAUUGGUAUCAAAACCAUUAAAACUUAUUGUCAACGUAUGCAGGAAGAAAAAAUUCAUAGGGCUAUUAUUGUUGUACAACAAGGAAUGACACCAUCAGCUAAACAAUCAUUGGUUGACAUGGCACCAAAAUAUAUAUUAGAACAAUUUUUAGAAUCUGAAUUACUUAUCAAUAUCACAGAACAUGAAUUGGUACCUGAACACAUAGUACUUACACCAGAUGAGAAAGAAGAAUUGCUCGGAAGAUAUAAGUUAAAAGAAAAUCAGUUAAUGCGUAUACAAGCGGGUGAUCCAGUAGCCCGCUAUUUUGGUUUAAAACGUGGACAAGUUGUAAAAAUUAUCAGACCUUCUGAAACUGCUGGAAGAUAUAUUUCUUAUAGGCUUGUAUGUUAAAUAUACAAAUUUCUAUAAUGGACUAUUUGUAAUUACAAUUGUACUGUUUAUUAUUUCAAGUAUAAAUUAGGACCUAUAUACAUAAUUAUUCUGUUCAUCGCUUAAGAACAAAAGAUACAAAAUUAAUAAAUAUUUUUUACCAGUUAUUAAACAGGAUUAAAAUAUUUUUUAAUAGGCUUUUAUUAUACUAUCAGAAUUACGUUUAAUAAUUACAUAAGUGAUUCAACAUUAACUAUAUAUGAGGCAGUUAAUGAUUAUUAGCAUUAUGUGUUUUGCAAUACACUUUGAUUUAUAAAGAUAUUUUUAAUUGGCUUGCAAAAACAGUAGUACAAUUUUAUACAGCUUACAAUCAGUAUACAAAAUCAAAGUGAGCAAAACAAAACUUGUUCAAAUAUAUAUUUUAUUACACUUCA